GUUGGCGGAAGUUUCGAUUUUCGACUUUUUCGAUUUAAUUUCUCUAUUUCAAAUUUAUGGCUUUAUCUCAGCCCUGAUAGGAGAAGUGUUUGUACAUAAACAACGUGGCUUUAUCUCAGCUCUGAUAGGAGACGUUUUUUUGUACAUAAACAAUGUCCUGGAAUAAUUGGAGUCGUGAAUCAAGAAAGAGGAGGUUGAAUUACAAUGAAGACAUUUUCAAUGAUAAGUUUGAUGUCGAUGACUAUGACUCUCCAGAAAAAUCUCGCCAUAAAUCUGCAUCUAAGCUCACGUCAGUUACAAAAUCAUUGAUCAGGCAAAAUGAAUGGGACAGAGCUAUGGAGGGUUUCAAGGGACUUAUGGAAAAACCUCAGAAAAAGAAGAUAUCUUCAGACUCAAAGCAACAAAGUAACAAAGCAAGUGAAAGGCUGGAAGAUACCAAAAUUAGGAAGCCUAGUGACCCUAGAGGAAGAAACUAUGAUCCUCCUUUGUCGCAAGCGGACAUUGAUUGGGAAUCUUCUGACGAAGAGGGGGAAAUAUCUAAACUUUCCUCAGACGAAUCUCCACCACCAAGUCCAAAAUUUUCUUCAAAAUUCUCUCAGAAACAGAAAAAGAAAUGUGUCCUAGAAGACAACAGUGACAAUAGCUCCCCCUAUAUUCAAACUGCAUCAUCAAAAUCAUCAUUUUUGCUUGAGCUAUCAACCACAAAGUUAUCACCAGAUCUCAGUGGAGAAUCACCGCCAUCUAGCUAUACUGAUGGAAUAAUUGAUAUCUGUAUAUCAGAGUAUAAUUCAGACACAGAAAAACAAGAUGAUGAACCAUUGAAUCAAAGCAAUAAAUUGGGCUCAGAAGAAUUAGAUUCCUCUAUAAAUAUAUCCACGGCGACGCAGUCUCCACAAGAGCCCGUAUCAACUGACAAACUGAAGGGAUCUGAUUGGCUAAAGAAAGUCACAUGGCAUAAAACACCUGAAAAGUCGCAAAACACCGAGACAUGUGCUAAGACUCCAGUAGAUUCGGGUAAAAAGAAGAAACAAAAGUACAUCAGGGAUGGUCUAGCUGAGCAGUUACUUAGGUUACAGCAGAGAGAGAAAACAGCACAUACAUUUUGGAGCCAUAAAAAAACUGAAAAGAAGAAUGCUAUGAUGCUAAAGGUUAAAAGCAUUGAGAAAUCUGACUCACAUUUACAAAUCGCAACUUGCGUCAAUAUAUCUGAUCAGAUGCCAGGAAAAAGAUGUAUCCAAGGAGAACUAAAUAAUGGAAAUCGUACAAGCAGUGAUCCAAAAUCAACUCAAAAUGUUGUUGAAAAUAAUUCCAAACUCGAUAUUGUGAUGCCCACUAUAGAGCCAAAUGAAUGUGGAAAUGCAUCAGAGUGUUUUGAGAUCCCCAAAGAAGACAUUGUAAUGUCCACCAAAGAAACAAGUGAAAGAGGAAAUACUUCUGAGGGUUUCGAUAUCCCCACAGAGGAGUACAUAGUCUUGUUGAAAGAGGAUCAAGCUGUAAAGCAAGGCUGUGUCAUCAAGAUAGAUCCACCAUGGCAAAGAUUGGAUCUCCCUAGUAGUAAAAAGCCAGUGAUUUUAUGCACUCAGUUCACUCAGGUCAUCCAGCAACCUGAUGAUGUCAUGAAGCAACCUGAUGAUGUCAUGAAGCAACCUGAUGAUGUCAUGAAGCAACCUGAUGAUGUCACAGCUAAACCCAAGCCCAGCAAUUGUCUUGUACCAAUAGCAUCAUGGCAGUGCCCUUGCUCAUUAGAUCCUGAUGUCUGUUACAAAGAUUGUGUUGCCAAUAUGAACCCUUGUGUAGGAACAUGGGCACCUGGCCCCAAGAGCAUCCAGUGUUUUAACAGUCCAACCAAUCCACCCAGGUUACAGCUAGUAAAAUCACAACCCUCUCAACUUGAUACGCCAGAAAUGCCCAGAUCCAUACUGGAGAGCAUUGAGAAACAAGGGGAUGGGGCCACAGUAUCAUUUCGUGCCACUUUACAGAGGUUGUUUUGUUGGAAAGAUUCAAAGACAGAAAGAACAGAACAGACCAUGAAGAAGACCAGUAUCAAUCCAACUGACCAGAAUGAUAUCAGAUUCUCUUUGUUAAUUGAGGACAUCUAUGGUUCAUUCUGUGUACUAGAAGUUCCACAUGGCUGGGCUGAGAGCAAGCAACAAAGAGACUUCAUAGAAGAGGCAGUUGCUAAAGAAUGUAUUUUUACAUCACUGAAAGUCACACAGAGAACAUACAAGGACAGAUGUCUAGGUCUAUUUGGUGUUAUUGAGAGUGUCUGGAGACCUGAUGUUCUAACUGUUAAACAUUCCCAAGAGUCACAAGAGUCCUGCCCUGACAUUCCAUUAAUCCAAGUGCCAACAUUUUGCUACAAACUCACUCCCACAUCUAGAGACUGGCUGAGGGUAGCAUCUGCAGACAUCUCAAAAAUACACUACAAGUCAAGCAAUCUGACUCUCACUGAUCUACAGAAACCAGAUAUAUCACAAAGGUGUAGUGUUUACUGUAAACCCAUCUACAGUAGGAAAAAUGUUGCAUCACAAGGUAACAUCCACCUAUAUGUCACAGACUCCACAUCUGGUGGUCACAUACCACAUAUUACAGUAGGGCCUAGAUGUGUCACAGAUGACCAAGUUGCCAUGGCGAUACAAGAGGGCACAGAUUGUUUAUACCUACAGGACCUUCUAGUCAACUCAGGAAAUGUAUGCUGUGAUGAGUACACAAGGCUCUACAGUGGUAACAUAGUCCCUAAAUCCACCAGGGAAAAGUUGCUACAAACCAAGAUGAACAUUCCAGAAGUUUCCCUGAAUUCCAAGAAACAUAGUAUUGUUUCAGUCUGUGGAGUAAUAACAGGUAUAGAUGAAAGUACAGCCUAUGCCUGGCCAGUAUGUGACCAAUGUGGCAAUGAGAGACUCCAAGCAAAACAGAAUACCAGAGAGCUGUUCUGCCUGGAGUGCAAAUGUUUUGUGCUACACCCAGUGACCAGGAUGAGGUUAGAUGUUCUGGUACAAACAAAAAUGGCUGAUAUUGUGAAAGUGCAGCUACUCCAGUCAACCAUAGAGAACUUGCUUCCAACUGACAGUGCAGAUGAAGAGGGCUAUGAUCUGGAUUGUGUACUAAAGAGACCCAUUGGGCCGAUAUCUUGUAUAACAAAAGAGACUUUACAUGAAAUUAGACCUUGUUUGAGUUUGGAAGAAAUAUGUUUAAAAAUAAAUAACUAA